CGUCCGUGCCGUUGAUAGGGUGUCAUUCAGUAAAUAUUUACCCUGUGUCUAAACUUUCGAAACUAAACCACGCAUAUUCAACGACUUCAAGGACUUCCUUUGGUGUCACGGAACAUAACACUUACAAGGAAUAUGUAUUUCAACUAGACCUGAAUGUAAAAUCAGCAUUCCAAGCUGACAUGUCGGAAACUGUUCUCCCCUUAAGACCGUUACUAGCUUGGACUCAUUAUACUUGUUCUCUACAGUGAAAAUAAUUCACAAAUGAUGAGCUCAAUGGAUGACAUUCGAAAAUCAAACAAAUCUGUACAGACUGUUCUUUUGUGCUUUAACCAAAACUCUCUAAAUGUCAUAUCAUGUAAAUAGACAGUUGACAACCAACAUGAAAAAACGGCACGAUCCAAUACUAGGAACUAUACCUCCUCACAAUUUCCCCGACAAUUUAAUAGUAGUUCAUUUCGCGAGCGUGAAACUGAGAAACGAGAUUACUUCCAGCAGUAAAUCCGUCAUGAAAUUAAUCUGGGUUCUUCUCGUUACUGCACUGGCUCUCUUGCAACCUUUUUCUUCCAACGCAGCCAGAAAAGUCCAGAGAGGAAAAUUUGUCGUGAAGCAAAUUACUAACAAACUGAAAACAGUUUGCCCCAGCCAGAACAAGAACCUUAGCCAAGUUUUGUCGAUCGUAAGUUCGGUCGACUUAACUCUUCGCUUUACACACAGUAGAAUCAGUUCUUUGGAGUCUGCCGCCAAGCGUAUGAAAAAAGCUAAUGCAGUGUUAUUGCAUCGCUUGGGCAAAAUGGACCGCAAAUUGGAUGGCAUAACAAAGAUGAUUCGAAAAGUCGCGAAUGAAGAGAAGCCGAGGUCUAUUGUCAUCUGUGAACACAAGAAAGCCAAUAUAACCUGCAAGAAAGGGGAGAAGAUUAACAUCGUGCAAGCGAACUAUGGCCGACUGAAUAAACGCGCCUGUACAAAGUCUCCAAUUCGUUCCACCAACUGUCGUGCUGCUAAAUCACUUGCUGUCGUGAAGAGCACGUGCCACAAGAAAGCCAGUUGUGCGCUACAUGCAAGCAACAAGGUGUUUGGGGAUCCAUGUAAGGGAAUCGUUAAGUAUCUUCUUGUCAAGUACAAGUGCGAGCGCUAGGUUUUUCGACAUCUGAGCCUCGCAUUGGUGUGAGAUCAGUAGCUUCACUUGAUCAUUAUCUCGCCUCUGCUGAUUCUUUUCAUUUAUCAAGUGUUCUUUGGAGAUGAAAUAAAGUCAUGUACACGUAACAAUCUGUUUUCUG